AUUACACCGGUAUUUCGAAAGUCAGGGUUUGAUGCAAUCACCGGCGGCGGGUGGUUGUUUUGGGCCUCCCCAGGUAAGCAAACGCAACUCUCUAUCCAGAUAUAUAAAAAAAAUGAACGUCUUAAAAAAGUUAAACGACCCAAAUUUAACCGCCAAGUUUCAGCAAUAUUGUGGAGUUUCCAGCAAAAAUGUGGAAAAUUGUGACGAGUGUCAAAAACACGCCCCAGGACGUGAUAACCAGGGUGAACUCAAGACAGGAGACAGGUGCGCGGACUGCCGGGUGACGGCUCCGAGGAGCAACACGAGACACGCCCUCCUGUUCUACUUGUUCUCCUACGCCUCGUCCCUCGGGAACGAGGUGUUCUACCUGCUGUUUUACCCCUACUGUGUGUGGAACAUGGACAGCGUGCUGAUCCGGCGGACCGCCUUGGUGUGGAGCCUGUGUAUGUACGUGGGUCAGGCCGGCAAGGAUCUACUGUGGUGGCCCCGCCCGGCCUCGCCCCCCGUGAUCCGCCUAGAGACCGAGUUCCUCCAGGAAUCCUCCAUGCCCUCCACCCACGCCGCCUCCGCCACGGCUAUUCCCUUCAUGCUGGCCUAUUACCUGUAUGACAGAUACCAGAUAUCGCCGUACCUGCUACUUCCGGCCGCUGUCGUCUGGUGUUCCCUCGUCUGUCUCAGUCGGCUGUACCUGGGGGUACACACCAUACUGGACCUGCUGUGCGGUAUACUGAUUUCCAUCCUCGUUAUGGCGUUAACGUCUCCGUUCUGGGAGGACUUUGACUGGUACCAACAGACCCACCCUUUCGCCCCCUUCGUGGUCCUCACGACCGCCAUAGCAAUGUGCACAGUGCUCUAUCCUAAAAGUAAAGACGGCAGUUGUUCCCAUGGCGACGCAGUUCAGAUUGUGGCGGUUCUAACCGGAGUAAGCAUCGGCUCAUGGCUCAACUUUCACUUUCAGUUUACCAGCACCAGUGAUCAUACUGAACCUUAUGACGUCAUAAUCCCGUCAGUGCGCGAUUUGGCUAUGCAGAUUCUGAGAUUUUUCGUCGGUGUCGUCAUAAUUGGGUUGCUGAAGGUGACACUUAAGGAAAUUACAGUGCGAUUAUUUUCUAAACUGUACGGAUUGAAAGUUCCUAAUCAAGAACACCCUUCCGUCAAACUGGCAUACAAGUUUGCUGUUUAUGGCGUCAUAGGGUUUUCGGUUGUUUUUCUCGUGCCAUUUAUUCACUGUAUGUUUGGACUUGAGCGGGAGUCGUACUUUAAAGAAGUUGUCUGAUGCGAAGGGAACAGUAUUUGUUGUUUAUUUUCACAUAUUUCAUCAUCUUCAAACGUUAUUGACACAUUGCAACAAAUUGAUUCUAAACGUUUGAUUUAAAUUAAAUACUGAGGUUCAAGGUAAAUUAUUUUUGUAACAGUUGUUGCUGUUUAAAAUCGGCUGUUAGCUGUUAAAGCCCGAAUAUUUUACUCCUUGGGUAUAUAAACGUGUGAUAAUUCGUGAAUCAUGAUGAAGAUAUUUACAUCAUAUGAUUUUGAAAUAAAAAACAAGAAUACCAUUCAAACUUUUUGAAAAAUAAUUAUUUAUUUUCCGUGACACGUGUAAAUCACGUGUUUAGGACAUAACCAUGGCAAUCACUCAUUCCUUGCGGAUACUCUCUGGAUUUAUCCCUCGGGAUACAGCACACUUUACCUUACACACACACAUACUUGUGUGCCCACUAAAAACGGUGAAAGACCCCUAGCAUAUACAAUACUGAUUGUUCAUUUACACACAUUAAACACAGCAAACUUCUUACCCCGACACCCAAAUCAGGGGACUUACCCCUGACAUCCAAGUCAGGGGACUUAAAACCAAUCUCCUUACCCCUUCUCCUUACCAAUCUAUCUCAAUUUGCAUACUCAGCUUUUCAAAUCUGAGGAAAAAAUUCCAAACGAAUUUUUAAAGUAUCAUUUUCUUUUCUUUUCCUUAUUUGCAAGACAAUAAUAAAAAAUCUAAAUGAAUUUCUUAUUGCAAUAUUGUUUUCUUUUGCAAGAUCAUUAAAAAUAUAUAACAAUUUACUUUCCAUUUCUUAGGUACUGAAAUGACAUAUAAAAGAAAACAGACAUCACCGUUAAAGUACAUUUUACAAAAUUUCAAUGCAAUUGUAUUUUACAUAUUUCUGAAGUCUGGAAUUGGUUUUUAUUCCACCUGACUUGGGUCGGAGGAAAAGAACAUUCACACUUGAGUAAUCUCACGCAAAUUCCCUAUGUACAAGUAUUCAAUAAACUGACACUCAAAAAAUGAAACCAGAUGAAAACAGUAAAAUGGCACACACAUCAUAAAACAAAUGGCGGCAGACGAACAUCAUU